AAACACUGGCCUUGGCGGCUGAGGGAGGAGGGUGAAGAUGAGGCAGGGGCUGCUGGUGCUGUUGCUGGUGCUGGUGCUAGUGCUGGCUGCAGGGUCCCAGGUGCAGAAGUGGUACCCCAGGGAGUCCCACGCCCUCAACUGGAACAAGUUUUCAGGGUUCUGGUACAUUCUGGCCACGGCCACUGACGCCCAGGGAUUCUUGCCAGCCAGGGACAAGAGGAAGCUGGGGGCGUCCGUGGUAAAGGUGAACAAAGUGGGCCAGCUCCGCGUGCUCCUCGCCUUCAGCCGGUUGAAGGGGUGCCAGUCCCAGGAGGUGAUCUUGAGGAAAGACGGGAAGAAGCCGGUGUUCAGGAACACCUGUGCGUACACGGCGGGCCCAAGGGAAGGACGGGAGGGAGUGAAAGGGGUGAAGGCCUUCCACGUGCUGUCCACUGACUACAGCUACGGCCUGGUCUACCUCCGCCUGGGGCGUGCGGCCCAAAACUACAAGAACCUGCUGCUCUUCCAUAGAGAGAAUGUUUCGAGCUUCCAGAGUCUGAAGGAAUUCAUGGACGCGUGUGACAUUCUGGGGCUCUCCAAGGCCGCCGUCAUCCUCCCGAAAGAUGCGUCCUGUGCACACACCAUCCUGCCAUGA